UCUCACAGACCACAAACGAACGACAAUGUCACACGACCUGAAUAUGAUGAUACAACGCAGCAUUUUGUAGGAUGUGCUUCAUUUUCUAAUUUAUCCCCGACCUCCGAAAUGGUUUAUCCUUUAAUUGCUCUUACUAUGAUAAAAGUAUCACACGCAUACUGA